AUGAGGAUUUCGGCGGGGCUGUUAAUCGGCUUCGCUUGCCUCGCCACUGGCGGAACCGUUCUCAAUGCGUUUCUCAUCAACAAGCAGUUCUAUCCCUCGAUCGUGUACAUGACUAAAAGCAAUGCCAGCAUGUCGGUCAGUUUUAAAUUUUUUCAGAGUAAUAUAUUAAACUAUUUAAAAUUGCAGGUUCUUUACCUUCAAGCACUAACUUUAGUGUACGUUUUGUUCCAACUGUUACGGUACAUUUUCUUCGGCGAUUUACGUGCAUCCGAAGCUGAGGUUAGUGAAAGAAGUUGGGCAGAAAGAAUCUACUUGCACACUUAAAUUUAACUUUUUAAGCUGUAGUUUGAUCUACCAUUGGUGGAGAUUGAUUAAAAAAACACGGAAAAAAUUUCUCAACUUUCGAAAAUGAUUUGAAAAUGGAAAAAUUUUGAGCACUUGUCGGAACGUGCGUGGCACGCGAUCCUGGAGACGUGCCUGGCCUUCACGGUGUUCCGCGACGAUUUCUCCUCCGUUUUCGUGAUGCAGUUCGUCGGUUUGCUCUUCACGAAAUGCUUCCAUUGGCUGGCCGACGACCGCGUCGACAUGAUGGAGCGGAGUCCCGUCAUCACUCUCAAGUUCCACAUCCGGAUGAUGUGUCAGUUCUCGAAUUUGUUUUCCAUUUAUCCAUUUGGCGAUAUGCCAAGAAAGACAAAUAAGAAUUAUACGAAAUUAUGAGUCUUAAAAUCAUUCAAUCGCAAUGAUUAAUUUCGAAUUUCGCCCAUCUAAUCGAUAAGUAAAAAGCCUAUACCAAAAACUUAUUUUUUAUCACAGCUAGUGGCAAAUUAACAUUGUCGACCUUUCAUACCGUUUUCAAAGUUAUUCCGCAAAAUCAAAAUAGCCGUUGAAGAAAGAAAAAGAUAACUAGAUUUGAGAGAGUCAGAGAUAAAUUUUCAUUUCGCGGAAUUUAAUUUGAACACGGCGUCAUGUUUGAUUGUUGUCAAAAAGGAAGCAUUUAGAAGAUGGCCGAACCAAAUUGGAUUCAUUCAGUCAAGUUUAUUCAAUUUUGAGAGGUGUGAAAAAUGUGUUCAAUUUGCAUGUUUUCAGCGAUCGUCGCCUUUCUGGGAGCCAUCGAUUCCUACCUCGUCUCACACGCUUACCUCACGACUCUCGUCAAAGGCGCCAGCUCUCAAAUUGUAUUCGGAUUUGAGUUCGUCUUUCUGUUGGCUACAAUCUCGAUUUAAUCUCUUCUCAAGAUAUGCCAUCUUAUUGACAAUGGUUAUCCACGUCGCCACAAAGUACAUUUUGCACAUGUACGACCUUCGAACCGCGCAGGCGUGGGAUAGCAAGGCCGUUUUCCUUCUGUAUGCGGAACUUCUCAUUAGUGAGUUUCAGAAGGUUGGCUGUGAGAAAAUGGCGGUGAGGGGCGCUCCGUUGGAAAACAAAAUGAGAUAUGAAACAUGAAAUAACGAUAUCAAAAGAUGUAAUGUAAAUAUGUGAAGACGCCAGAUUUUUCUAAAAUAAGAUUUUUUCUCAGAUUUUAUAAUUUUGAAGGAAAUUCAAUGUUUCCAAUAAUAUACCCUCUCUUUGCUCUUCACGUUUGCAAGGUAACCGUUCAGAUAUGAUUCGCUGUCUUCUCUACGGUUCCUUCGCUGUCGUCAUGCUCCGCGUGCACACUUUCCCGCUGUUUUCGGUCCGACCGUUCUACGUCUCUCUGCGGGCUCUCCACAAAGCCUUCUCCGACGUCAUCCUCUCACGCAGAGCGAUCAACGCGAUGAACAAGUUUGACUCGACCUCGCCAGCCCGUCACACAAGAACUUUCAGCCAGUUCCCGACCGUGACGGCCGAGGAGCUGCUGUCGAUGGACGCGACGUGCAUCAUCUGCCGCGAGGAGAUGACCGCCGACUCUUCUCCCAAGCGACUUCCCUGCUCCCAUGUCUUCCACGCCCACUGUCUCCGCAGCUGGUUCCAGCGGCAGCAGACUUGUCCCACUUGCAGGACUGAGAUCUGGGGUCGGUGCAAGUUUAUCUCGCGAACAAAGCUCAGAAAACAGUAGGUGUAGGUAGUUCUUCUAAAAAAAAUUAUUAGCCGCGGGGAGAUCGCUAAAGUCUAUCAGGCUUUAAAGAACCACAAAAAUUUCCUCAGACUUAUUCCGAGCUCUCAUAUGAAAUUUUUAAAAAUGAAGAAGGUGGUAGACUUUAAAAAAUCAUUCAAGUGAACAACUUGGAGAAAAAAAAUUGAAAGGUUAAUGGAAAAGAAAAAGUGAAUAACUUCAACGAGCUAUUUUUUUCAUUUAAAAACUGUUUAUUGCAUCUUCACUGUAAGAAUACAUGUGCAAUCGACUUGCAUUGAUUUAACUGUGUUUAAACGGCGGCAGGAGCUGUGGCUUAGGCAGAGAAGUUGUGAAUUUCGCUCGUAGAACAUCAGGUACAAGAGAGGCCGUAGGAAGAAGUACGGUGCCGGCUUUCCAAGGGCCGAUGGCAAAGAUUGAGCCUUUUCGCUGCAUGCAGCUCCCAAUAUUAUCUACCCCGGAGGGAUGAAAGGCUUGGUCGACCUCGGGGGGACUCGAACCUACGACCUUGCGGAUGUUAGAAAUGAGUUAUGCCAGCUGAGCUAUGCCGCCCCUUGUCUUUUUUUUUCCUUGUCUGAAGAAAAUACAAGUUUCUCUUUAUGACCCUAAUAUUUCAUUUAACGGAAAGUGAGUUUAAUUUAUAAGAACCCGAAAAAAGUUUUUCUUUAUUUGUUCGACAGUUAAUAUCAGAAAUGAGGUAUCGGCUCUCAGGACGUCCGGCCAAUCAGCAACCAGCGAACGCGAACGCGGGAAUUGCCGGUGGCCAGCCUCCGCAAGCACAGCAACCGCAACUGUUCCCAUUCGUCGCGCAUCAGUUCGCCUUCGCCAACCAGGCUAUUCCUCAUGCUGCCGGUCAAAACCCUGCUCCUGGACCUUUCCCACAUCAGAUCUUCUAUGCUGCCCCGCCACAAAAUCGACCCGAGUUCAUGGUUUGUGAGAGAAUGCAGACAAAAGUUAGAGGUUUCUCUUUAAGAUAACAAAAAAUUAGAUUUAUGCGAGCCGAGUCGCUGACAUGACUAAAAAUUUUGUUGAAAGAUUCCGACUCUAUCGAAAAAUCAAACAAACGUCAUUUUUCAACUUUAUACUCUUAAUUUCGCAGUUGCCGCCACCGCCUCCGCCUCCAUUCUUCAUGCCUCCGCCACCCUUCCAAUUUCCAAAUCCUCCUUCUUUUGAUGGUCUUUCGGAUGAAGAGCUGCGAAGAAUUGAAGGCAACACAUAUUGAAAGGCGGAAUAUGAAAAUACCGGUGUUUUUUUAGGUCAGACCCGGAGUGCAGUUGAAGCACGAAUCCGACUAUUGAACGAUAUUUCGACGUUACUUGACGCGGUCAGCAUCAACAUGCAAAUCUACCUGAACGCAGCACCGUGAGUUUUAUUUUCUCGCUUAACAUUUCUUGAAUUAUUCGCAGAAAAUAUAACUGAGAUAUACUUUGUUCUAGUUUCAAAGUAAUUCCACAAAUUUCAAAAUUAUCGUCAGAGUGAAACUUAGAAACUUGUGAAAUUUUUAUUCAGACUUCAGAAAACUUGGGCGAAUGUUAAGUUGUUUAGUCCAGAGCUGCUGACCAGAUUGGGGCGCCCCGCCCCGCGAAGCGGUCACACUGUUAGAAGAUUUCUCCACAGUUACUCAUUGAUAUAAAGGAUUUUUCAUUUUCUUCGACCAAUAUAUUACUUUAUUGGUCGUUACUCUGCGGUUUUUUCAUUUAAACUUAAUUUUAACUCAUCUACUCAGCGGGGUGAGGCGCGGCGCCCCGUCAGUAGCACUGGUCUAGUCUGUUCGGAUUUUUAAAGUCAAUUCAUCGCUCAAACUCAAGUUUGCUGCUUGAUAUUCAAAAUCUGAAGAGACUAUAACGUAAGCGUCAGAAAGAGAAAAAGGUGACUAAAUUCAGAAAUCAGAAAUAAUUCAAAUUUCCUCAAAAUUUCUUUAAGCGCUUCAAUAAAGUCCCCAUGGGGACUGGGCACAGUUUUCAUACAAAUUUGUGAAAUGGGUUUGCAAAACUAAUGAUAUGCAUCUUGACCUCAUACGGAGGUCCUCUUUUAUCUACGAUAACCCAGUUAAUUGAGGAAAAUUUCAAAAUUUCGGGGAAAAAACGUUCAAGUUGAAGAAAAAAGUCCGAAAGAGUUCGAUUUUCCAUCGGCUUUUUUCUUUUAAAUUUACGACACAUGUUAACUUAUUUCGACUAGGUUUUUUUUUAAUGUGAAGUUUAUUCUAUGUUACUAUGAACAGUAUGAGUUUUUGAUGAUAGGAAAGAAAAACAAAUAUAUUGAAUGAAAGGAAGAAACUAUUCGUCAAAAAGUAAUUCAUUUUCGUAUAAUUGUAGUGAAAAAGGUGAAUUUUCUUAUUAUAAUAUUAUAAAACUUCUUUACCCAUCCAGGUUUGCUCGGCAAACAACAGAGUCACGAGAAUCUCCAACGCCUGAUGCCGACCUUCCGACGACAUCAGGAACUUCGGCGCAGUCUCUUUUCCGCAACAAUUCUUCUUCUGUGAAUCAAACAGCUGUCAGACCUGAAACACCUGAUUCGCCAUCCGUCAGCACUUCCGCCGUCACAAACUCUCCUGUAACAAGGACGCCAGAAAGCGAAGAAAUGCGUAGGAGAAGACUUGCACGGUUCGUCUUUCGAUGAACUCUUUUUUUUUUUCGAUAAACUGUAAUCCUGAGCUGAGCAAUCAAUCUAUAACUAAGUCCUUAAAUGAAAAAUGUUGUUUCAGGUUCGACAGACAGCCGGACAACGAGGAAAACUAG